AUGAAGCCAAAGUACACCAUCAUCAGUUUAGUCAAUUUGGCUUUUAGGGAGAGUUCAGACCUGAUUUGCUGUAGGACCCAUGUGUUUAUCUUUCUAACAGUCAACGAUAUCGAUAUUCACAGAACUCUUCUCCAGAUUGAAGCCACUCCUUUGGAAAAAGUAGACAAAGGUGGAAAGAGAAUGUUUGAUUGGAGCAGUGUUUUCAGCAAUCCAUUAUUAACAAAUUCUGAAGAUCUUGCUAAACCCAUCAGCAAGCCUCCCAUUAUAACUGUGUCAGCUGCCAAAUCUAUGGAGAGUGCUGGUGUUCGAAAGAUAAACUAUGGCAAGUUAGAUGUAUUAUUGAACAUCAGUGGGCUUGAAGACAGAUAUAAUCUGUACACCACCGAGGAAGCUCAUAAAAAGUUUAUGGCAAUUUAUCCAACCAUAUUCGUUAAUGAAAAAGCCAUGUUACCUUGCCUUCCUGACAAAAGAAAAAUAGUGGUACAUUCUUGUUAUGUCAGAAAUAAUUAUAUAACCAGUGAAGAUUUUGACAGUCACAAUGUAAAGUUCUACAUGAAUCAGGUGAAAGGUCCCCAGAGAUUGCAUUCUGGCUCUCCAGAAUUCAUAGGAAAGCUGCAGGGUGUUAUCAAGAUACUCAAGAAGAUCCCGAAUCUAAGAACUCAGGAAGAACAUGAGACUGUAUAUAAGACAAUGAAAAUGAUUUCUGGUAUCAGCGACCAACUUUCUGAUGAAGAGUUGAGGGAACUCAGUACCAUUGUAAUAACAGAAUACUGGGUGAAAGGAAGCAAAGUGGUUGGAAACAAGGGGUUCUAUGCAGUACUCAAAGGAUCUGUUAGACCACAGACAAAAUAUUACAAGAAAAUGGUUGGAGGAGAUUUUGUUUCUGCAACUGCUUCUGUUGGUUCUUCUUCUUCCACCAUCCAAGCAUCUAAAUUAUCCUGGUCAUUGCCACCCCAACCAUUGCUUGGUGUUGGAUGUUGUUUUGGGACUUUGGAACCACUUCAUUCAAAGCUGCAACAUGGUAAUCUAACAAUCACUACAGAGGAUGAUUGUGACUUUCUCAAAAUCUCAUCUGCAGAGUACUUAAGAGUAAAAGAGGAAAUAGCAAAGCGUGAACAGCUUGCAAAAGAAGAAUUAAUCCGUGGCUCUCCAUAUUACCAAGACUGGCCUAUGGUGUUUAUAUUUCAGCUGACUGCUAAGUUAAAAUGGAAGAAGUUUCCAACCAACCAUGUGUUUAUAAAAGGAGGAGAAAUCAGCCAAUAUAUAGGAUUCAUUAAAUCUGGGCAUUGUAAUGCUUACCGAAUAAUUCCAGCUCUUGUGAAGCGACCUUUGGGGAAAAUGAUUAAACAAAUGAGGCAAGUCCUCAUUGGCCAGCUGAAACCAAAAGAAUCCUUUGGAGAAAUGAGCCUUCUUCUUCAGAUCCCUUUUGCAUAUAUGGUGAAGGCAGCGACCCCAGUUGAACUGGGAAUUAUUGAGGCUUCCGACAUACUAAGUUUAGAUCCAGUGAUUCACAUGCUUCUUCUACAAACGGUAAAGCCAUCAUUUGAAAACAUUACACAUGAUGAUCUCAAACUUGCAUAUAUAAAAAAGGAAACAGAAAAAGAAUGGAAGCACAAAAAGGACAUGAUACUGAAAGAAACAUUAUUCUACAAUGGAAUUAAUCCUGGUUUUGGAAAAUGGGUCCAUGAGAAGCCUAAUUUAGACAAGCGUCAGAAAAAGCAUCAGGAACCUCAUGGUGUUGUUGGAAGAUCCAUGCAGAACACAGAGACUCAGUGAAAGAUGGACAGUUCAUCUGUUUUUUGUUUCUCCUUUCUUGUUAUCCCUGAUGUAUAUUCAAAUUAUUUUCUUCUCUCAUUCCCUUCGUACA